CAAUUCCUUUUCAUCAGGGGACAAUUAUUAGCGAGCUCAGAAAGCCCAAAGCUGAGUGAUCUGUUGGCCAGCGCGGGUGAUGAAACAAAUCAAACAGCUCAGAGCCGGGCUGAGGCCAUCUCCCCAUGCAGCUGGGGGAGGCUGAGCAGGUGACAGCAAGGACACGGCCAAGGGCCACCCACACACCUGCGAGGCUUUGUGGCACAUGGCCCGGUGCAGGUGGGGCGGCCGUGGGUGCUGCUGGCCGUGUCCCACGGUGGGUGACCCCAGCCGUGUCCCCUGCACAGCCCCGGUCACAUCAGAUGGCAGCAGCCGUCUGCCAGCACCGCGGUCCCUUUGUAUUGCAGAUCGAUGGCCAUCGAUUUUUCCUCCCCUGUAAACCUGCCCCGGUCGGGUUUUUGUGCACUCAGGCUCUGUGUCUGCCGUGGUCGGAGCAGCCCGUGCUGGUCCCCGAUCCCACCCAGCUCCCGCUCGCCUCUGCAGCAGGGAAACUCAAGGACAUCCGGAAAAACAGCCUUGGAAAGAGUCGGGAAAACUCGGGAUUCAUUAAUCAGCUCUUAAUGACGGGCUCUGCUGUUCGGUGGGGUAUUUGCAGUCUCUCUGCUUGCUCCCCAGGUACCUGCUGGGGCUGGGGCUGUGGCAGCUGGUUUGGGGCACCUGUGGGGGGAGCAGCGUGUCCCCCUCGGACUGGGGACACUCCUGCUGCACAGGGGGCUCAGUGUGGGACACAUCCUCCCUCCUGCUGUUGCCACCCCUUCGAUGGGGCAGAGCCUGGGGAUGGAUGGAGCAGGAGCCUGCUGUGCCCUCCAUGUCCUUCCUGUCCCCUCCGUGUCCUUCCUGUCCCCUUGUCAGGGUUUUACAGCCUGUCAGGCACUGCUGUGGCUGCAUGGGACCACUGGAGCUCAUCCCAUUACCCACCCAUGGGAGCUGGGCUGGGGACAUCCCCGCUUGUCCCCACCGGGAGCCGCUCCUCUCCGCGGCUAUUAACACCCCGCGAUGAUCAUCAGCUCUCGUCGUAAUCAUUAAGACUAUUAGAAAGAAAUGUUGGCUCGCAGCUCGUGUCAGACUUUCCGUUCUGCUUUGCAAACGCGCACAAUUAAUGCCAAUCAGGCGGGGGAGGCAGCCAGCUCCGAUCCCCGGCUGCUGCUCCCAAUCGCGGCUGUCAGCUCCUCUCCCCAUCCCGCCUGGUACAUUUUCAUACAAUUGCUACAAACAUCUGAGGGGAAACUCCGUGUUCUUCGGCAGCGCUGAGUAUUGUUCUCUGUUCCUUUUAAUUACUCGGCAUUCAGCGGCUCAUCCGGCCUCCCGAUCUCGGUGGGGGAAAGUAGGGAUUUGUAAAACAAAUAGAGAAAUCUGGAGAGAUGCCUUAUUUUCCCAUUCAGCGGCUGCCUUAGGUUGUCUAUGGCUAAAUAAGAAAAACCUGUUUAGUUUUUCUUUGUCUUUUUUCUUCCUCCCCCUCUCAAAUUGCUUUCUCCCCACUAGGACACAGCCUGGUCCCUCUCCCCAGGGAACCCCAAAAGCAGGGUGAGCUUGGGAGAAGGGGGGGAAGAGCUGGAAUUACUUGGCCGGAUGGUGGAAUAAUCCUUGUUACAAAAGUACACAUCAAUUAUAAGAAUUCCUACAGUAAUCUUGGAAAUCUAUCUUUUCUGCUGAACCAGCUCAUUAAAGAGCACCAUUCAUUUCCAUCUCUCCGGGUGAGAAGGGUUUAAAUCUCCAGAGCUUUGUGUUACCACAUAGACUGAGGGUGAUGGACUCGCGUUAAAUAUUAAAAGGAAGAAGUUGAUUUUUUAUUUUUUUCCCCUUUUUUUUCCCCCCCAGACCGGCAGUGCAGACAAAGUGGAACGUAAGGAAAGGAGAGUGAGGGGACCCUGCUGUGAGAAGCUUCCCCAGCUGUUGGUGGGCGACACAGGGCUAUGCUCAAUGGGUGCCUUUGAGGACCCCCCACUCCUCCCUUGGCCUGGGGACCCCUCCAGAUCUCAGGGAGGAGGGAGGGAGCCAGGGAGGUUUCCCCAGGCCACCCUGGCAAGCCCCCGAGCCUGCGCUGGAGCCGGCCGUGGCACAGGCAGGGCUUUUGUGUGCCGUGGGCGGCUGUGGGCUGAGGGACGGGCACAGAGCCCCUUUGUGUGCAGCUGUGAGCAGAGCAGGAUGUGGGAUAGGGCCCAGCCGUGGGGAUGGGGAGCUGGUAGCCAGGGAUGAGGAGAGGUGGCCGUGGGUGAGGAGGAGGAGCGGGGAUGGAGAGCAGCGGCCGGCCGGGGCGAUGUGUGCGCUGCGCCGGGGCUCUGUGCAAACAUGUUAAUUUGUUUUCUUUCUUGCCUCGCCUUUCAGGGUAAUUGGUUGCAUUUGAAGCCUUUGUGAAAGCCUUUGAUUAUAGUAAUUUCAGCAGCGCGAUCUACCCUGGAUUCCUUCGUCAGAUUCUUUCACAGCUCUGGCUCUUGGGGCUGUAAUUACGGAGCGGAGCGCACCCGGCUGCCGAGUGUGGGGCAGCUGGAUGGGGCACCGUGGCCAUGGGGGCACAGGGAUGUCACUGCAGGGGACAAUCAAACCCCUGGGGUGAGGCAGGAGUGAGCCAGGAUGGGACAGGAGCUGCGAUGGGCAGCUUUGCUCUCUGCACUGCUGAGUUUGUUGGGUUUCAGCUGGAGCUGUAGAUGCUGCCAGUGCCCAUGGUGUGGUUGCCCAUGCUGGAGUUGGCUCCUGGCUUGUUGGGCUCCAGAGUGCUUUUAGUUGCUGCUGCAUGGAGCCACUUGGCUUUUCUGCUGGUUGAUCCCAGGUCUGUGCUAGAGCUGGGACUAAAGCCCGUGAGCAUCCCAAGAUCCAUGAGGGGCAGCUCCCCAUUCCAUGUGCAGGAGGAAGGCACGGCACGACUGUGCCACAUCAGUGAGGUUUUGCUCUGAGGAGCUGGUGCCACAUCCGAGGGGCCACGUCUGUGCAUGUCUGGCAGGACCUGGCAGAUCCUGCCUGCCCGCUGCGCGCUGGCCCUGCCGGGACCUCGCUGCACACAGCCAGGGCUGAGCCCUGCCAAAAACACCGACGGCACCCGAGCGGGGCCCUGACCUUUGCUAACAGGGCUGCUCCCCCCUCCUUGCUCCUGGGAUUUUGUUCCCAGUCCCACGUAAUGACCUUCUCGGCAGCGCCGUGCCAGCGUCUGCCACUUCCAAUUACCCACGGCUGCUCGGCGCCCGCCGCAGCACGCGGGGCUCCUUCCUCCCCGGCAGGAUGGCAGCAGGGUGGAGGAUGCUGCGCCCUGAUCCCGGCUUGGAGAGCCUCAGGAACCCCCCCAAAAGCACCCAGGGCUCUGGGGUCCUGCCCCGGGCUGCUGGAGGCGCUUGGCUUUCCAGAAUCAUUAUUAACCUGUUCGAGAGCCGUUCCCGCUCGCAGCGAAAAUAGAUCUUUAAUCUCUGCCCAAAAUAGCUCAUUUGAUGAGAGGCCUCCUUAAAGCUGACACAUAAAUUUAACCAGGCCGCCCGAGCCCUGCGCAGGGACGUCUGCAAAUGAUCAACAGCACUCGAAUUGUUGGGUUUUUUUUUAAAUUCCAUCGUUGCGGACACGUCUGAUACCCUGUUUCUUCCUUAGGGGCUUUGGAAGUGCUCAGGAGGUGAUUUGCCGUGCCCUGUCCCAGUUCCUUUCACCUUGCUUGUGAGCAAAAUGUUAUUUUGGGGUAUUUUUUGAUGUUGACUCUCUUGAACAGUCCAAGGGGUUUCUCCUUGGAGCUGCCACAAGAGCAGAACCUCAUUUCUGGAUGGGAUGGGAGCGACAUGAGAUGCUGCUGUAGGAUGCCAGCAGUGAGGGUCCUGGUCCAGUGCCACUCUGUCCCUGGCACUGUGCCAUGGCUGGUGGGCUCUGUGCCAUCCUGGUGUCAUGGCAGCCCAAAAAAGUGGGAAAUGAGGAUGCUCAGGGUGUCACAGCUCUGCUCAGCACUGGGUCCAGGGCUCACCCCAGCACCUUCCCUGCAUUUCCACAGAAAAUGGGCUGGGAGAACCCACUUGGCUGCUCUGGGUCUGCCCCCCAGCCCCCCACAGCCCCCACAUCCCAGCGAGCCCCUGAGCAGCACAAUAAUCACUUCCAGCAUCAUUAUCCAUCGCAAACCCCAGCUUCCAAUUUUAAUCAGAGGAGCUGGUGUUGCUUUAAGAUCUGCGGGUUUUAAAGAUCACAAGAGGGGUUAGAGAAAAUUACCCUUGACUCUUACAUGCUAAUGUAAUCUCUAACCAGAUCUGCAGCACUGCAGCUAAAAUUGCUUUUUAGAUUAACAUUUAAUUAUUAACAGGGCCCCCUGAAAGGCCCGGGGCUGGAGCACGCGGAGGGGAGCGGAUUAGCCGGGCGGGAUGAGGGAAGGUCGGGCCAGGGAAGGUCAUGGGGUGACCUUUGGUGACAAACUUCGGGUUUUAUUUUACCUGCUGCUCCCCGUGGUUCACAGUGGGGUGACCUUUCUGUGCUCACCCCUUGUAGGGCUGAGCUGUGGCGUUGCUGCAUCCCCUCCACCCUAAAUCUGUAUGGGAGAUGGAUAUGGCAGUGCCAGGCAGCAGCACCAGCCAAAAUCCUGCUCAAUGUGCAAUGGGGUGGGCAUCCACUGUGUGCAGAGGGGAGUCCUUCCUCCUCUGGCACCUCCUCACCCUCGCCAUGGGAUGGGGAAUCAGUGUCUGUGGGACCAGUGGUGGUGGCAGUGGCAGGGGAUGGUGACAAGGAGCUCAGUGUCCCCGGGGCUGUGAGGUGGUUGGAUUCUCCUCCAUCCAUGUAAGGAUAAGGGACAGGGGUGUUCCCAGUUUUGCUCUGCACACCAGGGGCCAGUGAGGGCUUUUGCUGUGUUUCUCUGGCUGCUGCCAGCCUUGGCCUUGCCCUGUGCUGUCCGUGUGUCCGUCUGGCCCUGUCAGGAGCCUCCUGAGCUGGGUCACCCCUCUCCUCCUGUCCUUGUGCCAAAUCCAGUGCUGGCUUUUGAUAGCCAGGGGUCAUGUCCAUGGUGUGACUCAAACAGCUUUGCAGCUUCCCUGGUCCUGCCCCCCUUUCCUCCCCCAACCCCAAAAGCUCCCUUUUGAUAAAAUUGCACCCCAAUAACACCUGGGGAAGGAUCUGGAUGUGUUCCACCACAGCCUGGAUGGUGACCAAGACCUUGUCCCUCACUAUCCCUGCCCUGCCACAGCUCAGCAGCCACACAGGCCCACUUCAGGCUGAGACUUUAAAAGUUCCUUUUUUCUUUUCUCCCCCCCUCCCGUCACAUUUUCUUUUAUCUAAAUCCUCGCCUGCAAAAGCCUCUAUCGACAGCUGCGCUGGCCUUAUCUCGCGGGAGGGACCUUCGCAGGGCUCUCGGAGGAGAUAAGCCCGACUUAUCAGCUGCUGAUGUCAGAGGAGGUGCCAAACCCUCCCAUCACUGGGGCUUUAGACAUAGAGGGUGGUGUUUUUUAUUAAAGUCACAAAGACCUUGGGCUUAUAAAUAGUGUGAUGUCGAGAUGGAUUAGCUGGGUGUGGGGCAGGAUGGAGUGGUGGGAGAGGCGAAGGAUGGAGCUGUGGCUGCCCCAUCCCUGAAAGUGUCCAAGGUCAGGUUGCACAGGGCUUGGAGCAACCUGGGAUAGUGGAAGACAUCCCUGUGCAUGGCAGGGAGUGGGACAGGAUGGGCUUUAAUGUCCUUUCCAACCCAAAAUAUUUGGUGAUUCUGUGAUGCCAGAGUUGUGGGAUGUGGGGCUGGGGCUCCUUGCUCCAGAUGUCCUCAAGAUGACCCCACCGUUGGUGGGACUCACUGUUGGUGGGGCUCACCCUGUGCCCCAGUGCUGGAUCAUGGUGUGUCCACGUGCCCAGCCUGGGCAGAGGCCGUGCGGACUGGGGGGCGUUCCAGCAAAACUGCUGAGUGUUGCCUUCCCUGCCACGAAAGAGCCAGAGCAGCUUGGACUAAAUCGGAUCCUGCUGAUUGGAAUUAGUUCAAAUGCAGAUGGAGCUAACUAAGCCGGCGCUAAGCGUUGGACAGCCCAGCGCCCAAUUCCCAUCAGCUGAUUCAGGGGCUUUUCGCAGCGGCAUUAGCGAAAUGCCACCGUGGCACAGAUGCCCAUUGUGCCAGGCGCCCACCCGCUCGCCCACGGCCCUUCUGGGGCUUGGGGCUCCCUGCAGGGUGCUGGGAUGGACAGAUGGACGCUGUUCUGGGGUUGUGGCACCAGAACCUUGUCUAUGAAGGUGGGGUGAGUUACAGCAUAGCUGUCGGAAAAAUCAUCUGGGCUGCGAGACGAUUCAGCAGGGUCUGAAUUAAUCUGUGCCUUUAUUCAGUUUGGCAUGUGGCUGUGAUAAUCCAAGCCCAGGGUCGGGAUGGCUCCAGGAGGGAGCUGGGCUGUGCGUGGCAGGGCACAGAGAGCAGUGGUGGGGACAAGCUGUGCCAGCGUAGGGCUCGGCUGGGCCCUCAGCUCCUGUGACAGGCUGCAUCCACACCCACCCUGUGCCGCCACAUGGGUUUGGUGACCCCCUUGGGUGCUUUCUCAGCCCCGCAUGCCCCAGGGACCAGCAGGGAACUGAUCCACGAGCCGCCCACGCCGCCCGUGUCUGCCAGGGACACGGGUCAGUGUCCCCAUGAGGAGCUGCUGGGCACAGGGAGCGGGUGACGUCCGCCGCUAAUCGGCCAGAUGGUGACACCCGGCGGGACGCCAGCCCUGAGGUCACCACGGAGCUCAGGCUCAGGUACAGCAGGAGCUGGUGCCAUCAUCCUUCUCCAGCAUGGUGCUUUGAUCAGAGCCACCCUUUGGGGACAGGGAUGAGGUGAGGGCGACAGCUCCCGUCAUGGCAAAUCCGGGAUGCCAGCCCUGAGGUCACUGUGGAGCUCAAGCUCAGGUGCAGCAGGAGCUGGUGCCAUCAUCCAUCUCCAGCAUGGUGCUUUGAUCAGGGCCACCCUUCAGGGAGUCAGGGUGGCAGCUCCCAUCAUGGCAAAUCCGGGUGCUGGGCACAUUCCCAGAGAGCCAGGGCUGCGUAAUGAACCCCGAGUCCCGGCGGGGAGAGGAGAACUCCUGGCAGUCAAGUGCGUUCAGGCUCUGAAUAAGAAGCACUUCAUUCUCCUUUCAAAUUGUAUAAUUUCUGCCUGAUUGUAAUGGCAUAUUUUAAAAUUACCAGAAAUCGAAGCCAGAAAAUGGAUACGGCUGCUUUUACUGCGAGCUGCGUUAACAAAGGAUAUGUAAUGCAUGAAAUAAAAACACCUCCCUGCCCCCCUCCUUUUUUUUUUUUAAGACAGUAAUAGGAGAAAAUUGGUUUUGAAACUGAAUAAAAGUCCCUUUCAGAGGAAAUCAUUUCUUUCAGGGUACCUUUGCUGAAAGUAAAAUAGUGAAUAAUGAAAGGUGGUUACAUGAUUGUCUUUCAUUUAGAGAGCGCGAGGACAGAUGGAAUCUGGGAGAAAUGCACGAUUGGAAUAAUUGCAUGGUAACAAGGCGCUUGUUGUGAAAUUAGUAUCUUAAGAAAGUAGUGAAAAAGGCUUUUACUCAUGAAUACUUCAUUAUUAGGAGAAAACAGCACAAUUUGGGUUCUCCAGACACCUGCUCGGUAUUAGAUGACUUCCUCCCCUCCUCCUCCUCCUCUUCCUCCUUCUCCUCCUCUUCCUCACACCUUUUCCUGAUGAGUCUCUCCUUGUCCCUGGUUUGCUGGGGGAGUCAGGGUGAGACCCUGAGCCUGAUGAGCCCAGCUGAGGCGUGGAUGCCCUGCAUGGAUCCCAUCCUGGGGAUUAUCCCAGAGCCUGGAGGAGGGCACAGAGCAGGAGCGAGCAGCACAGGUCCCAUGGUGUCUGUCAAGGUGUUUUAAAGGGUGACAUUUAAACCAGCAGAGCUUGGAGAACCCCAGACACAGCUCAGGGAGCAUCAAUCCAUGCUUUGUUUCCUGGUGCUGAUGGUCACGGGCUCUGCCAGAGGCCACCACGUGCCUGAGGCCACCGCGUCAUUCCCCUGCACUGGGACAUGUGGGAAACAUCCUGGAUGGCUGCAGGAGGGCACGAUUCCCCCACGAGGGAGAAGAAGGAGUGAUGGACCCAGCAGUGACACCAUCCAUGAUAUCCACUUGUGACCCCCGGCCAUCCAUGAACGUUCAGCCAGAGAGCACCAGCGCAGGGGCUGCAACACUGGUGGAUGGGCACCAUGCCCGCUUUUCUGCUGCUCCUGCCCACGUCUCCCUGCCCUCUCCGAGUGGGAAUAUCAUCCCUGUGCCAGCUGGAGCAGUGGGAGGGCGUCAGCAGCAACUGGUUGUACCUCAGGGCCCCGGCUGGGGAUGGAUGUACAACGAGCAGCACCGCAGUGACGGCGGCUUUGGCCUGGCCCCUCCAGCUUUUGUCACACAGAUUUUGAUGCCAGCUGGGAGCUGGCGACAGAUCCCAGGACCCCGAGUGGGAUGUUAGCACUGUCUUUCCCCAGCCUUGACUGGGGUCACUCUGUGCCAGGAGGCACCGGCUGGCACGCCUGGCACCACCACAUUCCCGUUGGGAAGGGUGGGAAGCUCCGCAGGAAGCGCAAACCACCUGCCGAGACCUUCAUCUUUAUUUUAUAUACAUCCCUAUUCACUCCAGGCUUUCAGCGCUGGCUGUUUAUCUCCAGAGGAGCGAAGGCACCGAGUGCUGGGGAGCUGCACGGGGGUGGUGGUGGCACGGGGGUGGUGGUGGCAGGGGGUGGUGGCACGGGGGUGGCAGGUCCCUGGCUCACCGUGUGUCUCCUCUCUUGCAGGGCGUGGGGCGGCAACGCCCGCAGGGAAGCCCAGACCAUGCUGGCCUGCCUGCAGAGGACCCAGAACCCCCCAGCCCAGCACCUCCCCUGCCCCAACAAGGCGCUGGAGCCACGCAAGUGCGAGACGGCCCCCAUGCAUUCCCCGCGCUACCCCAGCCCCGCCGAGCUGGACGCCUACGCACAGAAGGUGGCCAACAGCCCGCUGACCAUCAAGAUCUUCCCCACCAACAUCAGGGUCCCCCAGCACAAGCACCUUAACCGGACGGUGAACGGCUACGACACCACGGGGCAGAGGUACAGCCCCUACCCGCUGCACGCCGGCGGCUACCAGGGGCUGCUGGCCAUCGUCAAAGCCUCCGGCAAAAGCGUGGUGAAGAACUCGGAGGGGAAGCGGACUAAGCUCUCGCCCGCCCAGGUGGGCGUCGCUCCCUACCCCGCCUCAAGCACUUUAGCUCAAGGUCCCUCCUGCGCCGGGCAGCUGAGCUACCACGGCGGCCAGAAGCAGCUGGAGGGUCCCGUGCCCCCCAACGUGACGGUGGCGGCCUCGGUGCUGCCGCUGGCGGGCAGGAGCCUGGCGUUGCCACCCUCCAACCUGCCCUCCAUCCAGAGCAUCAUCUACCAGAUCAAUCAGCAGUGCCAGGCGCAGGGUGCCCAGCCCGGCUGCCCGGCCGUCGUGGCCGCCCACCCCAGCCCUGCCAAGCACGGCGCCUUCGCCCCCGGCUACGGCGGCACCGUGCUGCCCGAGUGCCGCAAGGGCGCCGAGCUGGCGCUGGGCUCCAACCCGGCCGCCGCCCUGGGACCCAAGGCGGGCGUGUACCCCGAGGGCAUGGACUACCUGGUGUGGCAGCAGAAGCAGCAGCAGCAGCACCUGCGAAUGUACAGCGGGGGCAGCGGCGGCGGCGGGGCGCUCAGCAAAUCCCCCGAGACGUGCGCGGGCGCCUCGCGGCCCUACGGGCUGGGCGGUGCUGCCGACAAGGUGAGCUCGUCCCCCUUGAACUGCAUGCACGGCAACUUCGCGGUGGGGCAGUACUUCGCUCCCCCCUGGAACAGCAUCCUGGUGACCCCCAACAGCGACUGUUACAACCCGCCGGAGCUGGGGGCCGCGCCCCGCGAGCUGGGGGUGCCCCCGGGCGAGGGGCUGCCCAGCAAGACCCUCUGCAAUACCUCCAUCCUCAGCAGCAGCCUCCAGUCCCUGGAGUAUCUCAUCAACGACAUCCACCCGCCCUGCAUCAAGGAGCAGAUGCUGGGCAAGGGCUACGAGACCGUGUCUGUGCCAAGGCUCUUGGACCACCAGCACGCCCACAUCCGCCUGCCCGUCUACAGAUAAGGGACGGAUGCUGCUCUUCCCAAACCCAGGGCGAGGACUUUGGCGCGAGCUGCGGGUGCCGGACCGCGGCAGCGAGGGCGGGGGGACAGGGAGGGGGACGCGGGGCUGGCUGCUGAGAGGGCUCCCGGGACACUGGCGUUGCACCGGGGUCCCCAGACUGGACACGCCCGCGACCCGCUGGAAGCCGAAGGACCGCUUGUCUAUAUAGCUCAGAAAUCAUUUUAUCUCCACGAAUGUGAACAGGGAAUUGCUACGAGUUGCUGCUAUCCAGGGAGGGGAGGCUCUGCUGCUGUGCUGGCGGUGCCCAGAGCGGGGCAGAGCCCGGGAGGCUCCAGGGUGGGUCCCAGCCCAGUGUGGGGCUGGGAGGCUCCGUGGUGGCCGGUGCUGGCCUGGCAGCUGUCCAGGAGGCUCCACAGUGGCCUGUCCUGGCACAGGAGGCUCCGUGGUGGCCAGUGCCAGCCUAGAGGUGGCCGGUCCCAGCCCGGCGUGUGGCCGCAGGGAGCUGGCGCCUGACCUGUAGCUCAAGUCCGUAACUUGCACUGCUUUGAUUAAAGCUAAUAACUGGGGACAGUCUGGAGGCUAUUUAAGAAAAACACUUGAAAACUUGAACAGAUUUUUUUGUUUUUUUUUAAUUUUGAUUUUUUUUUGUUUUUUUUAGUUGACUAGGCUGUACAUCUACGUGUUGGCUGCUACAGAGUCUCCUCCCACCCUUCUUCCUCCUCAUCCUCCUCCUCUCACCCAGCCCCACAGUGGCCACAGCUCCUACUCCCACUCAGCCAGGAGGUUGGGGACCCCCUCAGCCCCUCUCUCCUGGGAACCCCUGGCUCUCACACUUCCAGGCUGUUUUAUUUCCUCCCUUACUGUCAGUUCUACCUUGGUUCUGGGUCGCGGUACUGGGGCGCUCACAUACCUCCUUUUUUUUUCUCUUUUUUUUUUUUUUUUAAAAAAAACCAACCCAAACAAUUCCAAAAUUAUUAUGGUCCGUUAUUCACUCUGUGUAAUUCUGUGUUUAAUAGAUUUGUUCAUUUACAAAAGGCUCCUCACCACGAAAUACAAAGUGUUUUGAUGUUUAAAGGUAAAAGAAGAAUAAUAUCCUGAUGAAACCCAAGGUGAUUGUGCUCGGAAAAGAGGUACUGUAUCCCUGAAAGCCUGUUCAAGCACUAAGUGCAUUUACAAAUCUCUGAGAAUGUUUUUUUUUUAUACUAAAAUUGACCAUUAUAUUCUACUGUGAGAAGUGCUGGCUGCACUAUAUUGUUUUAAAAAUGAGAAAACAAAAAUGAAAAAAAAAAAAAGAAAAAAAAAAGAAAAAAAAAAACCAACACAAAACCCGCAAGCCGUGUGUCCGGAUGGUGUUUUUCCCAAAGUAAAACCAGGAUCUCUCUGGA